AAAUCUAACGGUCGUGUCAGUUUCUCUCCAAAGGAACAAGUAGGAGAGAAUCCUAGCCGUCUAUUUUCCUUUGGUUCGUGGGCUAACAGCCUCUUUCUUUCAUGCUCUUGCUUCGCUCGCUUUUACGGAUAUGUUCUCAGCAGAUUUAUCUGUGGUGUGCGUAGGUUAAGGCGCUUCGCCACCUUCAAUGGCUGGGACGGGAACAAUGGCUUCUGCCAGCCUUUCUAGCCCAACGACGGAUCUCUCUCGUCUGCAUGGGUACAAGAAUUUCAAGGAGUUCAGAGGUUUAUAUUUCGCGAACCCAUUGGCAGCACAUAAAAACAAAUCAAAUUCAGCAUCAAUCAGUCUUAGGAAAAGAUCUUGUUUUGGUAUAGUUGCAGCGCAAUCUGUUAAUGAACAGUCAAAUCUAUCAACCAGUAUUGAGAUGCAAGCCAAUGCCAUAGCAUUCGGAACAAUUGUAGCUGAUGUCGUACCUGCAGCUGAUGAUUUUCUCACUGAUAAUGGCGAAUUCAACUUGGAUUGUCCUUCAGAAGGAUUCGCUUCAAUACCUGAGGCCAUUGAAGACAUUCGCCAAGGCAAGUUUGUGAUUGUUGUAGAUGAUGAAGAUAGAGAAAAUGAGGGAGAUCUUAUCAUGGCAGCAUCGUUGGUAACACCAGAAGCCAUGGCUUAUAUUGUUAAGCAUGGAACUGGAAUUGUGUGUGUGAGCAUGAAAGGGGAAGACCUAGAGCGGUUACACCUUCCUUUGAUGGUAAUACAAAAGGAGAAUGAAGAGAAACUUCGUACAGCAUUCACAGUGUCAGUGGAUGCAAAAGCGGGUACAACCACCGGGGUGUCUGCUAAAGAUAGGGCAAAGACAAUCUUGUCUCUUGCAUCUUCUCAUUCGAGACCUGAGGAUUUCAAUCGCCCAGGUCAUAUCUUUCCUUUAAAGUACAGAGAUGGGGGUGUUCUAAAAAGAGCCGGACAUACAGAAGCUUCAGUUGAUCUUGCAAUGCUGGCAGGGUUAGACCCUAUUGCAGUACUAUGCGAGAUGGUAGAUGACGAUGAUGGUUCCAUGGCUCGAUUACCAAAACUCCGAGAAUUUGCAAAGAAAGAGAACUUGAAAAUUGUGUCAAUUGCUGACUUAAUUAGAUAUAGGAGGAAAAGAGAGAGAUUGGUGGAGCGAUCUUCAGGUGCACCCAUACCCACAGAAUGGGGUCCGUUUCAAGCCUACUGCUAUCGAUCACAACUGGAUGGGAUUGAACAUAUUGCGAUGGUUAAAGGCGAUAUCAGUGACGGACAAGAUAUUCUUGUGAGGGUACACUCUGAGUGCCUAACAGGUGACAUAUUUGGAUCAGCCAGAUGUGACUGCGGAAAACAGCUAGGGCUUGCCAUGCAACAGAUAGAGGAAGCUGGCAGAGGUGUGUUGGUGUAUCUCCGUGGUCAUGAGGGAAGGGGCAUUGGCCUAGACCACAAGCUCAAUUCGUACAACCUACAGGAUGCUGGGCGCGACAUCAUGGAAGCCAAUGAAGAACUGGUAUUGCCCGUUGAUUCACGGGAGUAUGGCAUCGGUGCUCAGAUAUUACUGGAUUUGGGUGUUCGGACAAUGAAGUUGAUGACCAACAACCCUGCCACGUACACUGGGCUUAAAGGGUAUGGUUUGUCAGUAGUGGAAAAGGUCCCCUUAUUAAGGCCAAUUUCACUGGAAAAUGAGAGAGAGAUGGAGACGAAGCAUUUGAAGAGUGGUCAUAUUUACAGUUUCGGAUCCGAUGGUUGCUUAAAUGGUUUGAUCAAUGGAAACAACUUCACGGGACAACAGCCUGCUUCAUGAUGCAUCAACGGCCUGCAUUCCGCAACACUUGUAAUAAUCCGGGGAUAUGAAUACCCAAAUAGGCUUCGUGGAUAUUGCUGUUGGAUCCAUCCAAUUUCUUUGACAUGGUUUUCAGUUUUGGAUAUUCUGGUGAAGGUAUGCUUGGUUAAAUUGAUAUUUAGGAUUCAGAGUAAUAAUUUUUGGCUAAUAUUACACAUGAAAAUUUAAAUAAAUAAAUAAAUAAAAA